AUGUCAAAGAGUGACCCUAAAACCAAGGAAAACCUGAGAAAAAUGAACGCAGCGCUCAAAAUCAUCGAAAAUAAGCCCGGAAAGCUCGACAAAGACCCCAAGCCAGGCGUGGUAAGGCCGGAUUUGUCGGUCUAUACGCUGGAAAACGGCGUUAAAGUAUCCACUAAAGAACGGGUUUGCAGCUCGGUGAGACCAGUCAAACUGGGCACACCGAGUGAUGAAGAGUUGUUCCUGGAUAAUGGGUAUCCGGACCCGGAUUUUCUAAAAGAGCAUUUUCGUCGUGAAGGGAGGUUGACGGAAUCACAAGUCUUACGCAUUUUGGAAGCGGGAACAGCGUGCUUAUCUAGGGAACCUAACUUAUUGCGGGUACCUGCUCCUGUGACAGUCUGUGGUGAUAUUCAUGGCCAAUUUUACGACUUGUUGAAACUUUUCGAGGUGGGCGGAGACCCUGAAAAAACGCCUUAUCUGUUCUUGGGCGACUAUGUUGACCGUGGCUCCUUUUCUAUCGAGUGCUUGCUGUAUCUUUACAGUUUGAAACUCAGUUACGACGACCACUUUUGGCUUCUGAGAGGUAAUCACGAGUGUAAGCAUCUAACGUCGUACUUUACUUUCAAAAGUGAAUGUCUUCACAAGUACAAUUUGAACGUUUACGAGGCCUGCUGUCGCUCCUUCAAUGCCCUACCUGUAGCUGCAGUUAUGAAUGGACAGUAUUUCUGCGUACACGGUGGUAUUUCACCAGAACUGAAAACACUCGACGACAUAAACAAGAUGAACAGAUUCCGCGAGAUUCCAUCACGCGGCCUUAUGUGCGACCUUAUGUGGGCAGAUCCGACGGAGACUUAUGACGAGGAUGCAGACGAUCCGUCAGUGGGCACAUUUACGCCGAAUUCCGUCAGGGGCUGCUCGUACGCAUUUACCUAUCAUGCGGCGUGUGAAUUCUUGCAAAAGACAGGUCUUUUAUCCAUUAUCAGAGCUCACGAGGCUCAAGACGCGGGGUACAGAAUGUACAAGAAUACCGAAGCUCUGGGAUUUCCUAGUCUUCUUACGCUGUUCAGCGCCCCCAACUAUCUUGACACUUACAAAAACAAGGCGGCGGUUUUAAAAUAUGCUAAUAACGUCAUGAACAUCAGACAAUUCAAUAUGUCACCUCACCCAUACUGGCUACCAAACUUCAUGGAUGUUUUCACUUGGUCAUUGCCGUUUGUUGGUGAGAAAGUAACAGAAAUGCUGGUUUCCAUUCUCAACGUCUGCACUGAGGAGGAACUUGGGGAAGAGAUCGGUUCAGCAACUGAAGCUAUUGGAAUGCCAGAUACAGAAGCUGUAGCAGCAAAUUCAAAUGCAAGCAAUGCUGAAAGCGCGGCACAACCUACCAGCACCAUUCUAAAUGAUGAAGCGAAAAGACGGGCCUUGCGCAGUAAGAUUCUGGCCAUCGCAAAGGUAUCCAGAAUGUACUCCAUUUUGCGAGAAGAGAGUGAAAACGUAGAGUAUCUCAAGACUAUUAAUGCGGGAACGCUGCCUCGUGGUGCACUGGCUCACGGUCCGGAAGGUUUGAAAGAGGCUCUUAGCACAUUUGAGAAAGCACGUCGCGAUGAUUUGAUUAAUGAAAGGCUACCGCCAAAGCUAGAAGAAGUUGGAAAAAGACGGGAUAGUUAUUACUUUAACAGGGUAGCGAAGGAAAGUGGCAAACAUAAGCAGUAG